AGGAGGAAUGCUGACGUUUCGGGUCGGGACUCUUCUCCUGAAAGUUGCAAAUAAAGCAGACAGCUCUGUAAAGCAACCAGUCCUGGUCUGAAGAGGUGUUGACAUUUCUGUGGGUGGCUGCCCGAUUCAGGGCGCCGAAGGUGUCUUUCUAUCACAUACAGGUCCAGCUCUGUUCCCACUGCCCUGUCAACCCGCCUCUGAGCUGCUGAGCACGGCUAUCAUUGGGCAGCUGCAAUGUCAAUCUCCCUGGAGGGGCGCAGUCAUGUGUUACAAUGUAUCACAAAGUUGUGUUCACACUGUAGCGCGACCGCGCAAGUUGCUGACUUGGUAACUGUGGGCUGCAGAAUGGGUUCGUAUUCGUCACACGUGUCCAAGAUCGAGGAUCUGCCAGGAAUUAUCCAGGAGACGGGCUUCACUAAGGCUCACAUCUGUCGUCUCUACAAUCGAUUUGAAGAGUUGGACAAAAGUAACAAGGGAAGUUUGAGCCGGGAAGAUUUCCAACAGAUCGGAGAGCUUGCUGUGAACCCCCUUGGAGAUCGGAUAAUCAAUGCUUUCUUCCCCGAUGGGAAACAGACUCUGGACUUCCGCUCAUUCAUUCGGAUCCUGGCAUGCUUCCGACCCACGGUAAAGAACAAGUUCGCUGAUCCCAAUGCACCAGAGCCAAUUAAUAGUCGAAACAACAAGCUGCAGUUUGCUUUCCAACUGUAUGACCUGGACAGAGAUGGGAAAAUCUCCAGGGAGGAACUUAUUCAGGUGCUUCGUAUGAUGUUGGAGGCACAAGUUACAGAUGACCAAUUAGAGAGCAUCACUGACCGAACGAUCCAGGAGGCUGACCUGGAUGGAGAUGGUGCCAUCUCAUUCGAAGAGUUCCGAAAGUCACUCGAGAAUAUUAACUUGGAACACAAGAUGAGCAUUCGAUUUCUUCAGUAAUGCCUGGACUGCUGCCCAGCGGGAGACUCACCCAUGAAAUGCAUUCCCGAGGGGAGUAAAUGCACUGAGACAUAAACUGCCAUGUUGAUGUUUUCAUAUUGAGAUUUCAGUGGCUUCCUUGAACCAUCCGCCCCAGUCACGUUUCAUUGAGCUUCUGUAGGGGUCUCUGCAGGGAGUGGGAGAUUUUGGCAUCAUUCCCGACCUGUCUUCUGUUCUCUGGCAAUGAUGGGAUUGCAAAUCAGGAAGCAGAAAAGUCAGCCAGGAUUCCCACUCCUGUGUUGUGACCCUCAGGGUAGAAUUGACUCCAGGCAAUGGGGGUGAGAGCCCCACAUCUCUUCCAUGAGGGAAAACACAUCAAACUAACAUGCAUGAUCAGUAGUGAACCUUUUCCGGAAUCAAGGAUUCUGGAACGUAGAAAUCCCGCACCCCGCCAUCCUUCCCUCCCAAGCAGAGGUGAGCAGCUCUUAUUGCAGGCAGCGCCGCUAGGAGAGUGUUGGCUGGUGCCAGGAAUACAAUCACCUGAGGCUGAAGUCGACUGAAGGGUUCAAGCCACUGGUGAGGGUGGGCUGCAAGGUGGAGUGUGGAGGUCCUGUCAGUGUGUCCCAUCUUCCCAAUGUCAGGUUCCUUUCUUGGGCCAUUGUUUGCUCCACAGGCAGCCAGCUGAAUUUGAGAAAACCCCUCUUAGUCGAAUAUGCUCUGUCACAGUCAGUGUUCACAACAGUGAAUCUGUUGUGGGAUGACGUCAGUCCAGCAUCCCUAGAAACAAAGUGGGUGAGACAUAGGGAUGGCCUGGUGCUGAGAUGGGCUGUUAAAAUAGCCCGCCUCAGUUCCCUGGGACCUCCUCCUUGUUUGCUUACAUUUAAGCCCGCCAGCCAUCACAUCUCUCACUGCACCACAUUCCCACCAGCCCCACCUGUUACCUUCAUGCCAGCUCAUGCCCCACAUGCCCCAAUGGCCCUUCAAGUUCCUUCCUGACAACUCGAAUCACUUCCAUAUUCAAUUAUCCAGCAUAGGAUCAACAAAUCGUACAAUACAAAUAGCACAUGUGGCACUGCCUUCACCAUUCAUUAUUCUUUGUUUCAAAAAGAAAACCUGCCACAAACCAAUAAAGUGUUAAUCAACCAGACCUUUCAAGUAUCAAUUACAAAUUAUAAGCAUUUGAUGUUUGUUUAUUUUCAGCAAACACUGAGCCAAUGAUAAACAUGAUCACACUAAAUAACUUUUGAUACCAUCAUAAAUCUGUAAAUCUAAUUUACAGAUGUGUCUGAACUCUCAUGCUUGGCUGGGACUUGCAUAAAAUGAUGAUGAGUGAGCUUGUUGAGGGAAAUGGAUUUGUUGAAGGAAGUGCAGAGUAGGUUGACCAGCCAAGAUGCUUCUGAUGCUGGAAAACUGACUGUAAUUUUGUUUUCUUAUUCCUUCAUAGAAUGUGAGCACUUGUUGCUAAUCAUUAAUUGUCAUUGGGAGUUGACAGUGAACCACCUUCUUGAGCUGCCAUAGUCCAUGUAGUGUAGGGGCACUCUGUUAUUUAGGAUGCGGAGAUUCCAGGUUAACCCAAUGACAGUUAAAGAAGAGCAAUUAUAGUUUGUUAUAAAAAUAGAUCAGUAUCCCAUGUUACUUACAGAUAUAUUGAACUUUUAACUAUAACAUAUGUUUUUAAAACAAAAGAUAUGAAAGUCAAAGAAUAGUUGAGGAUGUAAAUUCAGUGGCUGUCUAAAAUCUCUGUGUGGAUUACAUGGAAUCCAAGAGGAAUCAUGACAUUGUUAUACCUUGAAGAGCGUCAUGGAAACUUAAAACAGAAACACUUCAAAGGGAGAGAUGCUGUUCAGAAAACUGAACUGUGUUCUCCCAUGAGUUGUGUCCCAGACUGAUGAAUUGAAAAUAAAGAAAGGAAUUCUGGGCAAAAUGUGUUUCUUUUACAAAUGUAAAGAGCUAAAAAUAGUCCCAACCCUAGUCUCUUUGCAUUAAUGUUCUAGUUUGUGCAUCAAGUUCCAGUAUGCUAAAGAGUGCUCUGAAGAGGCACAGCUGAAAUUUUCAAAAGACACUUCGGGUAAAAGAAAUAGUCUCCCUCUCGGCUGAAAACAAGCCAAGUCAGCAAACCACUGUUGAAGGAAACUGGACAAACUGCUUUCAGUUAACUGCAGAACUAAGAAUCUCCAAAUUACCAAAAUUGCUGCUACCAGAAUCACCCACCUUAAUACUAACAAUCUGUUUGUCAUCGGCAAGUUGAAGAUCACUUUUACUUUCUAGAUUCACUUUACAUUUUAAAUCUGUGUGUACAUUUGACAUAUUUUAAUGAUCUUUUCUCAUGUUUUAGUCACUAAUAAACUCAUUUUUGCUUUAACUC